GCAGACAGGACUGUGAGACGGCCAGUUGAGGUUAACCUUACCCCCUUUCCUGGAGACAUCCAGACAACUUCAAGAUGACACCAAUAUUUCUUUUAGUGUUUCUGCUUCCAGAAGUUGCUCGCUGUGCCCCGGGUCACUACGCCCAGAGCCUCCUGAAUGACCUGAUGGAGAACUACUCCAACGCCCUGCGGCCCGUGGAGGACACGGACAGAGCCCUAAAUGUCACCUUACAAAUCACCCUUUCUCAGAUCAAAGACAUGGACGAGAGGAACCAGGUGCUGAUUGCGUACCUGUGGAUCCGGCAGACGUGGCAUGACGCAUACCUGAGGUGGAAUAAAGACGACUAUGAUGGACUGGACGUCAUCCACAUCCCCAGCAGUCUGGUGUGGAGGCCGGACCUCGUCCUCUAUAACAAAGCUGAUGAUGAUUUCUCAGGGCCGAUGGACACCAACGUGAGGCUGCGCUACAAUGGAGAGAUCACUUGGGAUGCUCCCGCCAUCACCAAGAGCUCCUGUGUUGUGGAUGUGUCCUACUUUCCAUUUGACAGUCAGGAAUGUAACCUCACAUUUGGUUCCUGGACCUACAACGGCAACCAGGUGGACAUCAUAAUGGGCAUGGACAGCGGUGACCUGUCGGACUUUGUGGAAAACGUAGAGUGGGAAUGUCACGGGAUGCCCGCCACCAAGAAUGUCAUAAUGUACGGCUGUUGCUCUGACCCGUAUCCAGACAUCACCUACACGGUGCUCCUGCAGCGCCGCUCCUCCUUCUACAUCUUCAACCUCCUCCUGCCCUGCUUUCUCAUCUCCUUCUUGGCUCCUCUGGGUUUCUACCUGCCUGCAGACUCCGGGGAGAAGGUCUCUCUCGGGGUGACGGUUCUCCUGGCUCUCACUGUGUUCCAGCUGAUGGUGGCUGAGAGCAUGCCGCCUUCAGAGAGUGUGCCCCUGAUUGGAAAGUACUACAUAGCGACGAUGACCAUGGUCACCGCCUCCACAGCUCUCACCAUUUUCAUCAUGAACAUUCACUUCUGUGGCGCAGAGGCCAAACCGGUUCCCCACUGGGCUAAAGUCCUCAUCAUUGACUACAUGUCCAAGAUUUUUUUCGUUUAUGAAGUGGGGGAAAACUGCACCUCUGCUUCCUCUUCAUCGACUCACUGCCUCCAGGAUGAUGGCCGCCACCAGCAGGUCAACGCCCGCGUUCAUGUGAACGGGAAGCCCGCGAGCCACGGCGGCCGAGAAGACCGGCACAGUCACCAGUACCCCAGAACUCCGCCCUCCAAGCACCAGCAGCAACGCAAAGCGAAAGUCCAGCAGCACAUCACCAGAGAGGAGGGUUGCCACCCCUCUGGUUUCGCACCUGGAAAGUAUGAAGCCUCCAAUGGAAAAAUCCCCGUGAGCGACUGGUGCGCCGAGCACCAGAAAGUUCCAUGUUACCCAGAUGAUCAGAAGCUUCCCUGCUAUCUCGAUGACAGAAAGCCUCUGCCUCCUGGCCCCACGGUCACUUUUGGCCCCUGUGUGUUCUGCAGCCACAGCAGCGGCCUUCCUCACGUGGACACCAAGCUGGUGCGCAACGUGGAGUACAUCGCGAACUGUUUCCGAGAACAGAGGGCCACCUGUGCCAAGGGGGCAGAAUGGAAAAAGAUAGCAAAGGUGAUGGACAGAUUCUUCAUGUGGAUUUUCUUCAUCAUGGUUUUCCUCAUGAGCAUCCUCAUCAUCGGCAAGGCAAAGUGAUGCUCCAGGCUUGUUUUACAUUUGACUCCCUGAACAGUUUUGGAACAAAUUCAAAAGGGCAUCC